CCAAGAGGCAACUGCUCUCAGCCGCAAUUGAGUGGAAUCUGACAUGUAUGCAACUGGAGAGCAAGGAGGCCUUUCGGGAUCUUUUGUGACGUGCUUGAGUGGUUAUGGGGGGCUGCAACUACUGGGGGUGAACUUGCUGUCAGUGCAUUAUUUGUAAUGUUAUUUCUGUGAAGAAAACGGCCAGUAAAAAUGUCUGAUCUCUUCAAAUCAGCGAUGGGAUACUUCAGUAAUAGUAAUAGUAGUGGGCAAGACAAUGAACUUGUUGGACAAGUAGUGGAAGUAGGAAAUAGUAAAUUACGUGUGAAGAAAGUUAUUGCAGAAGGAGGAUUUGCCUUUGUAUUUGUUGCCCAAGAUGUCAGUACCGGGAAGGAGUAUGCACUUAAGAGACUGAUGGCUGCUGAUGAGGAUGCCAAGAGAAAUAUAAUGCAAGAAAUCACUAUUCUUAAAAAAUUGUCUGGCCACCCAAAUAUUAUUGAAUUUGUUUCUGCUGCUUUUAUUGAUAAAACAAAAACAGGGCACGGAAUGGGUGAAUUUCUUUUAUUGACAGAAUUAUGUAUGGGUGGUAGUCUGGUAGAUGUUCUACAAGCAAGAACAACUGCCUUGUCUCCAGAUGUUGUUUGUCGUGUUUUUUGGCAGACCUGUAGAGCAGUUAAUCAUAUGCAUUCUCAGCAACCCCCUAUCAUACAUCGGGACUUAAAGAUUGAAAACCUUUUAAUUGGAGUUGAUGGAAGUAUAAAGUUGUGCGAUUUUGGAAGUGCAACAUUACAGACCUACCAUCCAGAUCCUUCAUGGUCUGCUAAUCAAAGAUCUCUUCUUGAAGAAGAAAUGGCUCGAUACACAACUCCUAUGUAUAGAGCUCCUGAAAUGGUAGACACUUGGAAUAAUUAUAGUAUUACUCAUGCAUCAGAUGUAUGGGCUUUAGGAUGCGUUCUUUAUUUGCUAUGCUACAUGCGCCAUCCAUUUGAAGACAGUGCCAAACUACGUAUACUUAACGGCAAUUAUAGUAUCCCCAGUGCUGAUAGUAAAUAUGCUUGUUUUAAAGAUAUUAUCCGUGGAUGUUUGCAAGUGAAUCCUGUUCAAAGAUUGAGUAUUUCUGAUGUGUUGGAUCGAUUGGGAGCUGUGGCUGAAACCCACGGUUAUAGCCUAAAGGAACCUUUGAAAUUGGAAGGAAAGCCAAUUAAUUCUAAUCCUAGUCCUGUGCACACUCCAAGUGCUCCUGAUGCCAGUGUCCCGCCAAAGCAAACAGAUUCCCCCGAAGGAAGGAAGCCUCCACAACGACCUAGCAGACCUCCUGCAUCCCCCCAGCGCCCUGAAAUGCCAGCGAGGCCUGCUCCUCCUGUACAUCACCCUCCGCCCCAUGCCGCUCCGCCGUGCCCACCGCCCACGUACCAGCAGCAACCGCCCACCGCUCAAGCGGCUGGAGGUGGUGGCCUUUUCUCCUCUCUGAGAGGAGGAGCCGGUAGCUUCUUGAAGAACUUAAAGGACACGUCUAGUAAAGUAAUGCAGACUGUACAACAGAGCAUUGCAAGAUCUGAUCUUGACAUUAGUUACGUUACAUCACGUUUAGCAGUAAUGCCUUAUCCUGCAGAGGGUUUGGAGUCUGCUUACCGCAGUAACCAUGCGGAUGAUGUGCGUGCGUUUCUAGAGUCUCGACAUCCUGGUGGGCGUUACGCUAUUUACAAUGUAUCUGGAAGAUCUUACACUGCUGGACGUUUAGGAGGUAGUCAUGUGGUUGAUUGUGGCUGGCUAACCAGUGCGGCUGGAGGGCUUGUACGUCACGCACCCCCUCUGCAUACUUUGUAUUCUCUUUGUGAAGAUAUGUACAUGUUCCUUCAGCAAGAUCCCAAGAACGUGUGCAUUGUACAUUGCACUGAUGGAAAAGCAGUUUCAGCAACUUUGGUAUGUGCUUUCCUGAUGUAUAUUGGAAUGUUUCAACGACCUGAAGAUGCUGCACAAAUGUUUGCAGUGAAACGUAUGCCUCCUGGACUACAUCCUUCAGAAACUAGAUAUCUGCAGUAUAUGAGUUAUAUACUGAGGAAACCUCCAGUUUUUCCUCAUUUUAAACCUGUCACACUUGUUGCCAUUACUCUUCAACCAGUCCCUCUCUUCACCAAAGUCAGAGAUGGUUGUCGGCCUUAUGUUGAAGUGUACCAGGGGGAUGAUCGUGUCCUGACCACAAUGCAGGAAUAUGAAAGAAUGAGACUUUUCAACUUCACUGAAGGGAAGGCUACUCUCCCUCUCAAUGUGACUGUCCUUGGGGAUGUGACAGUGGUGCUGCUACAUGCUCGACAGAACUUGGGCGGAGUCAUGUCACAAGGUCGACCUACAGGCAUCAAAAUGGCGCAGUUUCAAUUUCAUACUGGCUUUAUUUCGGAUGAUGAUACAACAUUGCGAUAUACAAAAUCUGACCUGGAUGAGUUGGGAAAUCCAGACCAUUACCAAGAUCGAUUUUUGGUAGCAAUGAGUGUAUUUGUUAUGGAUGAGGAGAAGAGGCCUACGAAACCCAUCAAAGCACCUCCUGUUCCUGGACCGCGUGGUGUUCGUCCUCCUCCUCCACAAAGGCCACCAGGCCCUCCACCCAGUGUUAAAGAAUACAAAGAUGAUGAUUCACAAGAGGAGUCAAAGCCUAGUAUCCCUGCUGAAAAUGGAGUUGCUGCAAAACCCCCCAAACAACCAGAGCCAGAUCUCCCUCAAGAAGCAGAUUUACUGAACAUAGACAUGGAUGGUUCAGGAGACAAACUGGCUUCUGAUGUAGAUUUACUCAACAUCUCUGGUGGCCAAAAACCAUCUCAAGCCCCAAGUAAUGUGGAUCUCCUGGGAGGUUUUGAGGCUUCAGCGCCCUCUAAUACCUCACAGUCAUUUGGGGGCUUGGAUGACUUGCUACAGAAUGCUGGCGAUCGGACUGCUCAACCACAACCAAAUGUUUUAUUUGACCCAUUUGGUUCUUCUGGCAAUGCCCAGCAAUUUCCUAGUACUUCACCUGCAACUCCUGCUUCCACUGCAACCACGUCGCCCUUACAUCAUCCAGCAGGCUCAGCCUUUAUGGGUGGCUGGGCCUCCCCUGCUGUGCCGCCAGGUGGUAUGGGAGCAGGCCUCACUCCUCCAUCAAUUCCUCGCAAUGCUAGUACACCGAAUUUGGAAAGUAAAUCUCGAGACCCUUUCAGUGAUCUAGGCAAUCUAGGGGGAACUUCUUGGGGAGGUUCAAAACCCACCACCCCAAUGGGUGGGACACCCCGUGCUGGUAGUCCUACCAACUUUGGUGGAGGGGUUGCAGGAACGUCUCCUCAGCACCGACCAGCGAACUGGGCUUCACAGGGUGGAAUUCCUCAGGGUGCCACAUCUCCAGUACCUGGUUACACACCAGUGGGGACACCUCAUCACCAAGUUAAAUCCCCAGAAUCUACUCGAGCAGACUACAGUCGUUCUCACUUUGACUCAUUAAAUAAACAAGCUGAUCAAGGUAAAGGUACUAAACCUAAAAGUGGUGACGUUUUUGGAGAUUUAUUGGGGAGUCAAGGUUAUGCUUUUGCUUCAAAGAAGGAAGCAGGACCUCGAACUAUCAAUGAAAUGAGGAAAGAAGAAAUUGCAAAGGAAAUGGAUCCAGAUAGAUUAAAGAUUCUUGACUGGACUGAAGGAAAAACUCACAAUAUACGAGCUUUACUGGUCUCUAUGCAUACUGUGCUGUGGGAAGAUGCAAAGUGGAAUAAGGUUGAAAUGCACCAGCUUGUAUCAGCUGCAGAUGUGAAGAAAGCAUAUCGCAGAGCAUGCCUAGCUGUCCAUCCAGAUAAGCAAAUGGGUACUCCAAAUGAAAAGAUUGCUAAAAUGAUUUUCAUGGAACUUAACAAUGCAUGGAGUGAUUUUGAAAAUGAUGCGAGUCAGCAGCAGAUGUUUUCAACUUGAACAAGCAAGGAUCAUUUGUCUCCUGGAAGAAUGAGGCAGUAUCUAUAUGUUAUUUUAUAAAUUAUGUCUCAUUGACUGUCCCUUUCCUGCUGUAUUACUAUUUCAGUACUUACCCAGAUCUGUUAAUAUUUUAGAAAUUGAUGUCAAAAUGUUGUCAACAUUUUCAAGUCAUUGUUAAGAAAAUAUGCAGUCUGUGCAGAAAAGUAACUAAAGCAAAUCAAGCAUCUUUGUAGUGCUAUCUAAGGGGUAGAGGCAAGAAAGUGUCACGAAUGACAGUGCCAGAAGUGACUUAAUUAUUUCACUUUUGUACUGUUUAAGCAUGUAUUCUUUUCUUUGCAAAAUGUGCAAAUUUAAUUAGAAAGACAUGUUGUAAAUGCAUAUCUGAAAGCGGUAAUAGUGAAAGUAGCCACAGGCUUUGGUUCACUCAGUGAUGCCUUAGUUCUGAUUUCACUAUUAUUUUGAUUAUCUCUUCAGCAUUUUACCUAAUAUGGCAGCAAAAAAAGAAGAAAACUUUCCCAAUGUGGGUGUAAAUGUGUCUGCUCACGAAUUUGCUCUUUAAAAUUACUAUCAAUAACAUCUGAUGUUUAACUUGUGUUUGACCACACAAGAAAAUGUAUUGGUUUUCUUACAAAGUAUUAUAUUAAGCUUUUCUUUACUAUGUUGUUGAAAUUCUUGUUAUUGUUUUGAAUUAAUUUAUGAAUAUUAAAGACAUCUGCCAUUUCUUAACAAAGCCAAUUAGCUAAGCUCAAUUCUAUUUUUUGUUGGUCUAUCUCUGUUUAACACUUGGGGAUAAAUGUGUUUGUACAUAUAUGUGUGGUGCAUUGAUGUCUGUUAAUGAAUUUUAAUGUGUAAUGUGAACUGAAAAUUUGAGCUUACUGUGUAUUAUACAGUAUCUUGUUGUAAUAUAUAAAUGUUUUAUUAUUAUUAUUAUUUUCAUGUUAGUAAAUCCUUUGUGUUUCCCCAGUGUUGAUUUGGAAGUUGUAUACAUUCCUUUUAUAUGAUUCAGAUUGUUCUAUUUAUGUUAUAAGUUUCAGAAUAUUGAAAUCAAUAUUUGUAUAAUUUUUAUUGAGGUAUAAAUGUACUGUUGUUAGAUUCUACUUAUUAAUUAUAUCAGUUCAGAACUGUUUCCUGCUAUUCAUUUAGAGUAUAAUUAAGUUAAAUGCCGUGAAUUCCUUAUUGAAGGAACCUACAAUUUUUUAUCAGUGUGGAAAGUAAAAUGAAGGUUUCCUCUGUGCAUGAAACCAGUUCCUUGCAAAUGAUGUAGGGAGCAUGUGAUAAAUAUACCAUGUGCUUAGUAAGCGUUAUUAAUAGAUUAUGCAGAUCAAAUUGUAGAAAGAAGAAAAUGGGCAAUGCCACAGCAUUUAAAAAUGUUAUAAAUCUAGGUGAUGCAGCUUUGUAAAUUGAUGGGAAAUACAGAUAAAGUCUUGUACUGGUAGGUUAUUAACAGACUGUGUGAUUAAAAUCAGUUGUACAUCCAGCACGAUCCUUUCUGAAAACAGCUAAUAAUUAAAAAUGCAUUUUAAAUUCUUUACUUUUGCCAGAAAAAAAAUCUGCACUACAAUGUAAAUUCAUUCACAUUUUAAUCAUUGUAAUUGUAUUGUGAUAUGAUUGUAAAGUAUUGUUUAUAGAAUUAUAUUUUAAUAUAUUUUAUUUUCUUCAUAUAAAAUUAGAAAUUUAAUUUAUAAUGAAGAAAAUUUGGGAACAGAUGUUUUAUCAGAUGGUAUGUUCUUUUUUUUUCCUCUCUCUCUUAAGCAGCCCUUUAACUUCAAAACUGCCCUUAGAUGAAUGCUUAUUAAAUAAUAUAGAACAUAUAUAAAUGAUGUCUUUGAUCAAAUAAUAUCUUAUCUACUAAUUUCUUCUAAGUAGAAUCAUGAACUUGAAAUUAUAAUGUAGGUAAUAGUGAUAUGGCUGAUGUGCGCUUUGUGUUUAAUUCAUUUAUGUAUGAUUAUUUUUAGUUGUACAUAAGCGGAUGUAUUUCUGAACAAUAUUGAAUAGGUAAUCUAUGUAUCAAUUUUGGAAAGAUUGUGAUUUAAAAAUAAGCCAUGACUUAGCCACUAAAUAUUUAAAGUUUAAUUUAGAAGUCAUUACUUGUUUCUCUGGAAUCAUUAGAUAUUGGUUAUAUUGUGAGUUUGGGAAUCAUUAUGAUCUCAAUGUGUUGAUCUGCCAUAUCCAUUUCAUAUUAAGUAUGCUGUAUUUAUUUUUGGACGUGUUGGAGAUAUUGAUUAACUAAGAGUCUACUGUAGUACUUACUUUGUAUCUUGUGUUCCUAGUUGCGACCUAGCUGUCAUGAAUGAAUGAACAUUUGGAAGCCCGUGGUGGUUUCAUAGCCACAUAUUUUGUCAUUUUGUAAUGUUUAUUUUGCUAGUUAGAAAGGAAAAUGUGGAAAAAUGAUGACAGUAUGAUGUGGAUGUGUUAUGUAGUUCUAAAUGUCAUGUAUAUGCUGUAUAUAUGUAUAUGGUUAAGUCUAUUUUUGACUUGUAAAACACAGAAAUACUCAAUAUUGUGUGUUGAUAUUGAAUCGCAAAAUUUUGUGUUUAUUAUCAGUAUUGAUAAAAUGAGAUAGGUUGUUUAGCAUGCAAUAAUUGAACUGGUGAGAAAGCCAUCCUUGAAACAGGUGCAUGUCACCUUGGUUUCUGCAUAAGAAUAGUGUCUGUAAUUAAGCAAAUCAAAUAAGGCUGGUAAAUACUGAUUGUGUAUGUUGGAUUUCCUAGCACAUAUCUGUAUUAUACCCUAAAUGUUUUAUUUUUCUGAGUGUAAUUGAGGGUCAACUGGUCGAGUUACCUCGUGAUUCAUGCACCUGUGCCUGUAUUUUCUGACUGGGUUAUAUACACCAUGCAACAGAAAUGGCAUGUUAUAAUUCUGAUACAUUUGAUCUUUCUCUUCUCGUUUUUAAGGGCAAAAGCAAUUUUUGUGUAGAAUGUUGAUAAAGCCCUGAAAAACAAAACAUGGAAAGAAAAAAAAAAUCCACAAGUGUCUCUCAAAGGGUAUAAUUAGACAUAUCACUCUAGAUAAUACAGGGUUCCUGAAAUAGCCACCUAAAUGGUAUCUAGAGUGUUACUGAUACAGUUUGGAGGUAAAUCAGUGCUGGUUUUUUCACUGGGAAAAGUACAAAAACCUAAGAGUGAUCAUGCCCAUCUAUGCAACUUGGAUCAGCAUUGCUCGCAGAUAGAAUAAUCUUCAUUUCCAUUAUAAAAUAGUUACGUUUAUAUACUUAAAAUUGUUAGUUUUGUCACAACCAAGAUUGUUUUUGGUUUUUUUUAAGUACAAUAGGUCAAUCAACUGAAAUCUUGCAAGAAACAAUCAUUUUGAUCACAAAAUUCACAAUUUUUUUUCUACAUUGGAUAAAAAGGCUUCUUUUAUGAAUCAAUGGUUUCGUCUGUACUCUUCAUGGUUAUUAAAACAAAGUGCCAUCUUUGUACACAAAAGAUUUUUUGCACUAUGACGGUACAUUUUUCAGGUAUCAAAAAACAUUGACCAAGUUAAACUAAGAGCAACCAUAAUUAAGAAAGAAGCAAUUCUUUAGGAAAUUGAUUGCUUUGUGUUAAAACCUAACUUAUUUACAUGAAUCAUUAUAUUCUCAAAAAGACAAUAUUGUUUCUGAAUGAGAUUAAGGUUAAGGUUAGUAAGUGUACAUAGUAAAAAUAAAUGGGAUUUGCCCUCCUUAAGAAAAGCACUGGUUUAAUCCCCCAACUCUUGUAUCAUUUUUUUUAUAAAUUCUUUUUCUCUCAUGAUGCCAAGUGCUGUAAAAGACCUUUCUAAGAAUGUAUUGAAAACAGUAUGUCAUUAGAAGAUAUGAAAGUAAAAUUUUAGCAAGUUAAAAAUGAAAAAAUAAUCUUGAAAAUACACCAGAAGUAAUCAGUGUAAUGCAUUUCAUUUUUGUAGAUGGCUUUUACAUAUUAUUGAUCUUAAAUUAAGAAAUGUUUCUUGGGCACACUUGGCCCAAUUCUCUCAUUUUAGAAAGAAGGCAAUUUUAAAAAUGUAUUUUGGUAUUGUAUAAUUGUUCUGUCAAGUGCAAGUUAGAUACUAGUCUUAAAAUACCAUGUUACUUCCAUUCGUUCAAAUACAUAAUUUCUUUCUCUGCAUUUUACAGCUUUUCAGAAGUCAUAGUAGUAAUUAAUGCACAUGUUAAAUUUCUAGAAAUUUUUACCUGAUUAGAUAUUGUAAAUAAUCACAAAAAAAUUAUAGUUCCAUUGAACAUUUUUUGAACCUUAGUUUUAUUUUCAAAAGUUCAAAAUAUGGUGAGUAGUUAUUUUGAUUCAUUGAUUAUUGUCAAUGAUCUCAACAUUUUAAAUGAAGGAGAUCAGAUGUGUCAGAAUUAAGAGUGAUAAUUGUUGAACAUUAAUUAUGAGAAUCUUUGUGAUCAAGAUUAAUUUUGGCUGCUGACAAUAAGGUGAAAACAGACUAUUUAAGAAUUAGGCAAAGUAGACCUCUUUGAUUUUUAGGAACAGCAGCAUCUCAGAGCUGAUUUGCGGACAUAAUUUGAGAUAAACAUUGAAAGAUUGAUUUGGUAGCAAGUCGUAUGACAAAAGUAUGCACCUGGAUUUUAGCCAUGCCUUGAAUAAAAAGACUUGC